AUGGCCACCCCUGGAGAAGGCAACCAAUCCAGUGAUGAAGGGUCACUGCAGCCAGAGGUACAGCUGCAGCAACUUGAGCCUCGGGUGGCCCGCAGACGCCUGUCCCAGGCCCGCCACCGAGCCACCCUGGCCGGGCUCUUCAACAACCUGAGGAAGACAGUCUACUCCCAGUCUGACCUCACAGCUUCAAAGUGGCAGGUACUGAAUAAGACGAAGAUUCAUAUUCAGGAACUGGAACAAACCCUGGAUAAUCUGCUGAAGCUCAAAGGAUCCUUCAACUUGGAGGAUGGGAAUGCUAGCAGCUUAGAGGAGGUCAAGGAAGAAUAUGCCAGAAUGUACUCUGAGGACGACAGCAUACUCCUGAACGGUUUUCCUCAGAACGUUUCCCCGCCGUGGUGCCUCACUGAGGCUCUUGGGAAGGAUGCUGAGGAAGGAGGACCUGAUGAAGAGAGAGAGGAGGAGGGGAAACAGGAAGAGGAGGAAGAAGAGGAAGAGGAGAAAAAAGUGGAUCUCUCACAGUCCUCUGACAGUCUGUUGCCAGAUCUCCUGGAAUUUGAACGGUACCUCAACUUUUACAAGCAGACGAUGGAUCUCCUGACCAUGAACGGCAUCAUCUCCCCCCAGGAAGUGACACUCCCCAUCGUCUCCGCGGCCAUCUCCCACCUGUGGCAGACCCUCUCUGAGGAGAAGAAGGCCUGUCUCCUGCAGGUGUGGGAGCAGCAGAACAGCAGCUUCUCAGACCUCACAGAGGCCUGUCUGGAACUGGCCUGUGUGGAGGGCAGCGUGAAGGACAGCGGGGUGGACAGCCAAGGGGCCAGCUGCUCACUGGAAUCCACCCCAGAAGAGGUCCUCUUUGAAGAUGCUUUCGACGUGGCCAGUUUCCUGGACAAGAGUGAGUCUCAGCAUAUGCCUAACAUCAGCUCUGUGUUUGCCAACUACAGCCCAGAAAAUCCAGAGGAGAAAUUUCAGCUCUACAUCCAGAUCAUUGAGUUUUUUAAAGGCCUCUGCUGUGUUAACACUCCACUGAACCAGGAACCAGAUCCUGAAGUUGAUGAUGAAAUGAUGUUGCUCAAGUGCCUGGAGACCUUUGAUGAUGAUGACCUGUAAAGCGGAAGGGCUGGGAAGGAGAGGGCUGAAGGAGGGGGUGGUUUUCAAGUUUGAUUGCUAGUAGCUAGGUUACACCACCUUGCCU